GGUCCCGGCCGGGUGCCCUGCCCAGCGGGCGGGCUCAGGCCUCUGCCCCAAACCUUCGCCGCGGGGCCAAUCCUGCCUCUGGGGCGCACCCGGGCCGCCUUUCCGGGCCUGCAGCUUCCUCCAGCCCGCCCCGCCCCUCGGACUCCCGGGGCCGCCCCCGGACCCCUUUCGCGCCCGGCCUCGCGGCGGCGGCGGCGGCGGCGGCGACUCGGCAGCGCUCCGCCGCGUCCCCGAGUCCCGGGAGUCAGGCGCGGCGCGGCAGGGGCAGCCUUCCACCACGGAGAGCCCAGCUGUCAGCUGCCUCACGGGAAGAUGCUGUGUGGACCAGGCAGCACGGGUAUGCGUGUGGCCACUGCCCUGGGAGUGCUGUGGUUCUGCCUCGCAGGCGCCGCAGUGGAAGUCCGGAUCCCUGAAGACCCCGUGGUGGCCCUCGUGGGCACUGACGCCACCCUGCGCUGCUCCUUCUCGCCCGAGCCCGGCUUCAGCCUGGCACAGCUCAACCUCAUCUGGCAGCUGACAGACACCAAACAGCUGGUGCACAGCUUCGCCGAGGGCCGCGACCAGGGUAGCGCCUAUGCCAAUCGCACUGCGCUCUUCCCAGACCUGCUGGCUCAGGGCAACGCGUCCCUGAGGCUGCAGCGCGUGCGCGUGGCUGAUGAGGGCAGCUUCACCUGCUUUCUGAACAUCCGGGACUUUGGCAGCGGCAGCGCCGCGGUCAGCCUGCAGGUGGCAGCCCCCUACUCAAAGCCCAGCCUGACCCUGGAGCCCAACAAGGACCUGCGGCCCGGGGACACGGUGACCAUCACGUGCUCCAGCUACCGGGGCUACCCCGAGGCCGAAGUGUUCUGGCAGGAUGGGCAGGGUGCGCCCUUGACCGGCAACGUAACCACGUCGCAGGCGGCUAAGGAGCAGGGCUUGUUCGACGUGCGCAGUGUCCUGAGGGUGGUGUUGGGCGCUAAUGGCACCUACAGCUGCCUGGUGCGCAACCCCGUGCUGCAGCAGGACGCUCAUGGCUCUGUUACCAUUACACCGCAUAGAAGCCCCACAGGCGCUGUGGAAGUCCAGGUUCCCGAAGACCCCGUGGUAGCCCUCGUGGGCACUGACGCCACCCUGCGCUGCUCCUUCUCGCCCGAGCCCGGCUUCAGCCUGGCACAGCUCAACCUCAUCUGGCAGCUGACAGACACCAAACAGCUGGUGCACAGCUUCGCCGAGGGCCGCGACCAGGGUAGCGCCUAUGCCAAUCGCACUGCGCUCUUCCCAGACCUGCUGGCUCAGGGCAACGCGUCCCUGAGGCUGCAGCGCGUGCGCGUGGCUGAUGAGGGCAGCUUCACCUGCUUUCUGAACAUCCGGGACUUUGGCAGCGGCAGCGCCGCGGUCAGCCUGCAGGUGGCAGCCCCCUACUCAAAGCCCAGCAUGACCCUGGAGCCCAACAAGGACCUGCGGCCCGGGGACACGGUGACCAUCACGUGCUCCAGCUACCGGGGCUACCCCGAGGCCGAAGUGUUCUGGCAGGAUGGGCAGGGUGCGCCCUUGACCGGCAACGUAACCACGUCGCAGAUGGCUAACGAGCAGGGCUUGUUCGACGUACGCAGUGUCCUGAGGGUGGUGUUGGGCGCUAAUGGCACCUACAGCUGCCUGGUGCGCAACCCCGUGCUGCAGCAGGAUGCUCAUGGCUCUGUCACCAUCACAGGGCAGCCCAUGACAUUCCCCCCUGAGGCCCUGUGGGUGACCGUGGGGCUCUCUGUCUGUCUCGUCGCACUGUUGGUGGCCCUGGCCUUCGUGUGCUGGAGGAAGAUCAAACAGAGCUGUGAGGAGGAGAAUGCAGGCGCUGAGGACCAGGAUGGGGAUGGAGAAGGAUCCAAGACGGCCCUGCGGCCUCUGAAACACUCUGAAAGCAAAGAAGAUGAUGGACCAGAAAUAGCCUGACCAUGAGGACCAGGGAGCUGCUGCCCUGCCCUGGGGCUCCCACCUCUGGCUGCACUGGGGCCUCAGUGUGAGCCCUGGGCUGGGGGCUUCUCUGCCCUUAACAGAUGGCUUCUACUCUAGCGGGUCUACUCAUUCUGCAAAGGACACGAUACAUAGACCACCCCGCAGCCUUAUUUCUCCGAUGGACAUGAUUCCCAAGUCAUCCUGCUGCCUUAUUUCUCCAGUGACACGAUACAUAAAUCAUCCUGCCGCCUUAUUUCUCCAGUGGAUAUGCUA